CCUGAGCGUAGUCUACGGGCUGUCAUGGCAACAAACAAGAAAGAAGUGAAAAGUAUUUGUUUCCUCGGUAACCAAGGGGUUGGCUUCGGCCAAUAGGUUACUUCUGGCCAGUUAGGAUUUGACUUCUUUGACUGGAGACUGCUGCUUGUGGAUAAGCCAAAAUGACUGCGAAGUUGCCCUUUCUUCUUUUUGUGACAUCUGUACUCUUGGCUCUUGGCACAGGGAGGGAGCUGGAAAGAACAGCAGCUUUGCAAGCCUCUGAGAGAUCCUGUGUGGACCCAGAUCGUUUUUACGAUCACACUGUGUGGACCCAGCAAGACUCGGUUAAUCAUUUAUUUUGUCCAUUGGAUAAGCAGAGCCUCCAACUUCUUCAGGCUACCUCAACCUUUAAUGUUGUUUGGAGCAAAAACUGUCAACCACUUAACCUCAGUGCUUCAGGACGCCUGCAAAGCACACUGGACAGCACAGCAUCAUAUCUGUCCUUUGAGCAUUCAGAGGCUACAGAUUCAGGCAAUUACACCUGCACACUCUACUUGAAUGAACAGAAAAACGCCUCCUUUACCAUUCGUCUGGUCAUGGCAGAUCUUUGCAAUGUGCUACCCAUUUUCCUCCGCCCUUCUAACAAUGUGACUUUGGAAUACCCUUUUGGGAGCCAAGUAACAUUGAACUGCACUGUGCAGCUGCCCUUUAGCCGAAACUGUGAUUUUGCCCUCCCCUGGAUGAAAGAUGACCAAAGGAUAGAUGGUAAUACCACUCAAUGGUUCAAUGAUAAUGCAACAGAGAUAUUUAUCUCCAGCACUUUGGAUGUUAAUAUGACUACAGAUGAGAAUUAUGGAGUUUUUGCCUGCUUGAUUAGAAACAGCACGGCAGUUUUCAGAUUGCAAAAAUCAGCAGAGACUGCUGGGCAUUUUGGUGCUGUGCUAGCUGCAUUCAUCAUCCUGACACUGUUGCUGCUAAUGGGUGUGACGUAUGUGAAGUGUCGUCUGAAUGUGCUGCUCUGGUACAGGAACCAUUACGGUGAUCUGGAGAUCAAUGAUGGCAAGCUCUAUGACGCCUAUGUGACUUAUGCUACCUCAACAGAUGACAAAAAGUUUGUGAACUUCAUACUGAAGCCACAGCUGGAGAAUCGUUAUGGCUAUAAACUCUUCCUGGAUGAUAAAGACAUCCUGCCCAACUCAGAGCCUUCUGCAGAUCUGAUCAUGAAUGUCAGUCGGUGCCGUCGCCUCAUUGUCGUUCUUUCUAAUGCUUACCUGGAACAGGAAUGGUGCAACAGUAAUUUCAGGGAAGGUUUGUGGAGACUACUGGAACUGUCCCAGAGGCCAAUCUUCAUUGCCUUUGAGAGCCAGUACCGGGAAAUAGCACAUCCAGCCAUUAAUUUGCUGAAGCAGCACAAGAGCACAGUGACUCUGCUGAUAUGGCGUGCUGGUUCCAUGAUGCCUUCAUCUGAUUUCUGGAAAGAGCUGUGCCUUGCCCUACCACGGAAAGUGCCCUGUCGAGGCCUCAGAGGAGACCCUCAAACCCAUUUCCAGGACGAUAAAGACCCCAUGUUGAUCAUCCACAGCAACUACUUGGAUUUCCGGAGAGAAACUCAACCUGAAGGAGACACUGGUGUCCGAAGUCCCAUUUUCAAGGGUCCACCACCUCUUCAAGUGACUGGCUCUGAUGAUCCAUCAUUUGGUACAUUGGACGAAGUACAGCUUGGAGAAAAUCAGAGGAAUGAGAUAGACAUUUCUGAUUUGGGAUCUCGCAACUAUGGAGCAAGGACAGACUUCUACUGCCUUGUGACAGAAGAUGACAUAUAAGAGAUUAUGGAGUCUAUGCAUCUGACCAUCCUUAGUAGCAUGAUUUCCCCUAACAAAGAUAAUCUACUUGGCUAGUUUCUUUAAACCAAUCUCCUUCCCCUAGUGCUAUGAUUGCUGAAGGGAGUGUUGGCUAAUCGUGGGAAAUAUCUAUUUUCAGACUGUUGUGCCUUACAGUAACAUUUAUAUGAUGACCAUCUUAUGUUUUUAUACAUUUUUAAAAAUCAAGGGGAACUUUCAGGGAAGAAAGGUGGUCUUGAAUGACGGUGUGGCAGGUUCUCAGAUGCUAUUGGCUUAGUGGGCUACCCAUGUUGGAAUUUAUUUUAGUAACAGAAUUGACUGGCUCCUUUAUAGCCACAAUCUGUGGAAAGACCCUGUCGUUACAGAAAUUGAUACCUAUGACUGGCUAGCAUUGAGGCCUGUCAGGGCAAAGACCCUGGUUCUUGCUUUAAAUAUGGUAGUAAGCGAUAUCUGUGGCAUGAAGGCAACAUUUUGGACAAAGCUCCCUUGAGAGGGCAAUUGAAAAUACUAGUGUUAAAGAACAUCAAUGUUUGUUGACUUGAACAUCCUGAAUUUUCUCAGUACAUAUACAUUGCCUUAAAGACAUCACGUAAGCAUGUUUGCCUGGGAAUUUGGUUGCCUUACUGUUUGGUUUCUGAGUAGGUUUGGGGUUGCAGCUUUAAUUGUUCCUUGUACCAUUUGGGGCUGAAUUCAGAGGGAGAGACUGGUGCUGAUGGCUCAAAAAAAAAAAAAGCAUAGCCCCCAGGGCAGAGGCACUGAGAAGCAGCGGUACUGGAAAUCUAGAAAUGUGGUACAAGGUCAAGUUUUACUUUAUGGCCCAAUUAGUGCAAUAGCAAAAGGGUCCUCUGCAAAAGUAAUGCUAGAAAAGAUUAGCACAGGGUCCAUCCAGGAUGCUGCCUUCAGGUAAGGCAUUACAGAUGUCCCUUGCAUGGGUGAUAGGAACGUAUCAUCAAGCCUUUCUUGAGCUGUAUUUAACCAUGGUUGUUCACUGCCUGAUCAGUUCACUGGGCAGCUGUUCUCAUUUUUUAAAUGAAUGAAUGUAAUUAAAGCUUAUCGUUUUAAGCUA